AUGGUGAGCUUUAUCCAAUUUUGUCACUUUUGUGCCCGAAAAAACUUUGAGUUUAGAUUCACACAAAAAUUAAACAAAUAAAAGGAGAUGAAAAUGAAUCAAAUGCAAAAAUUGCGGAAAACGAUGCAAAACGAAUCGAAGACGUGGAAUUGAACAUCAAAUUCGGAUACGAUCGACAUCUCCAAAACCACGACUCAUUUUCCACAGAAAGCCAUUCUGCAAACGCAAAACCAUUCGCCGAAGAAGAAUUCGAUAAUGAAGAUGAGGCUGUGAUAAGUCCAUUGAACAAAGUUGAUCCCGAUCCAGAUGGAAUUGAGGCCGAAGAACUCGAUCAACAAUAUAAAUCGGAGAAUUAUGCGGGUGUUAGUGAUUUUUCACAUUUGUUUUUGAUGUUGGCUGCAGGGACGGAUUAUAUUGAAUUGGUCGAGUUUACCAUCUUCUUUCAAAAUAGUGGUGGAAGUGGGUUAUUUUAUGAAGAGAACUUGGAAGUUAGGGUAUCUCUAGGAUAUAGUUGGACAUCAACUAAAUGACAUUUUCAUGUUUUUUAAGCAAGUUAGUUGAAAUAUUGGUUUCUAUUGUCGAAGUUGAGAAUGUGGCAGCCGUAAAAAUAAAAACCAGUGCAGAACUGAAUGAAUGACAAAGUCAUUACUUCGUCAGUCGCGUGCGGCUGUGCGUCGCGGUCGGGAAACAAAGGAGCACAUGAAUUAUUAUCGAAAAUCUCAUCGGUACCACGCGCUCCACCGAAAUAAACACGCAACGCAGACCGCGCUGCGCCACAACACACAAAAAAGGGAGGGAAUUUGAAUCGUUCCCUUAUUUGUGUGUGUUAUGGCGCGAUGCGGUCUGCGCUGCGUGUUUAUUUCGGUGGAGCGCGUGGAACCGAUGAGAUUUUCGAUAAUAUAAAUUGUUUUUCGACCGCGACGCACAGCCGCACGCGACUGACGAAGUAACGAGCUUGUCAUUCAUUCAGCUCUGCACUGGUUUUAUUUUUUACAACUGCCACAUUUUUCAACUUCGACAAUAAUGUUAUUCAUAUGAUAUAUUUUUUGAUGACUUUACCUUAUCCAUAAGUGAUUUAGCGAGGUUUAGUCGUUAAGAUCGUCUAAGCGCCCCUAAAUCACUUAUGGAUAACGUAAAUUCAUCAAAAUUUAUAUCAUUCUGUUCGUCUUAGAUCAUUCUAUCAUAUGAAUAACAUUAGAACCCAAUAUUUCAACUCACUUCCUCAAAAAACUAAAAUAUCAUUUAGUCGAUGUCCAACUAGUAUCCUAGAGAUACCCGAACUUCCAAUUUCUCAGGAAUCCUAACCCCCCCCCCCCACCUCCCUUUAAAAAAAUGUUAUGUUUUCCAGUAUAUUCAUUGAUUCCCUACAUCUUCUUCCUGCUGUUUUUCUCAUUCCCAGUCAGUAUUUAUGAAGUUGCCCUCGCUCAAUUCUCCUCUCUCCCCCUCUUCUCACUCUUCCAUCACAUGGCUCCAGUUCUUGGCGGUGUUCCAAUCGUCACAUCCGCCAUUCGAGUCCUCUACCUCACCCACAUCGCUCUUCGCCCCAAACUCUACACUUUCACUUAUAAUUUGCUGUACAGUGCGUUGGUUGGUGAUUUGAAUUGGAUGCAUUGCACAAGAAUGGAGGGAAUAUCGUGUUAUGAUCCGUUUUUGAAGUGUUUUAUUGAUGAAGAUCAAGUUGCGGGAAAAUGUCAGCCUAUUCCGGAUUUGGAAAUUAUUCAUGAUUUGAGUUCUUCGACAAAUGAUCGAUAUUCAAGAGUUCAUAAUUUGCAAUAUAAUGGGAUUGCUGGAACACAGAUUACUAGCCUUGCAAAAAUCUAUGAUGAACCUGAUCUUCUUGCUGGAAGUUUCAUAUUCUUUAUCGUUGUUGGCUUGGCAUUCAACGCGGGUUACAAAAGAUUUGCACAAAUAUCUCCGCUGAUCGCAAUUCUUCCAAUUGUAUCAAUGUUACCGAUAUGUUUUAUUGUUUUGAGCAAAACGGGAGAUGAUGUUUUUGAAGAAGUUGAAAAACGAGAUGAUAUGGGAAAGCUAUUGAAGUGGACCACCUAUUUCCAUGCCUUUAUUCAUGCUUUUAGCACCGCGCAAUGUGGACAAGGUUCUUUGUUGACUUUUGGGAGUAAAGUGCAUUUUUAUCAUAAUUUUAUGAAGUGAGUUAUCGGAUUCAAGAAAAAAUGGGAAUAUUUGUUUAACCUGAGCAAUGCUUUGUAUUUUUUGAAAAAUUGGGAAAUUUUUUUUUAUCUGAGCAAUGCUGAAAAAGUCGGAAAUCUUCUGAUGAACUGUAAUGUUUUUUUCUCCAGAGAUAUGAAAAAAGUGGGAAAUUUUGUUUAACCUGAGGAAUGCUUUGUAUUUUUUGAAAACUUUUGUUUGAAGCAAUGCUUCGUAUUUUUUGAAAAAUUGGGAAAUUUUGUUUAUCCUGAGCAAUGCUCAAAAAAGUCAAAAAUCUUCUGAUGAACUUUAAUGUUUUAUUCUCCAGAGAUAUGAAAAAAGUGGGGAAAUUUUGUUUAAUCUGAGCAAUGCUUUGUAUUUUUUGAAAAAUUGGGAAAUUUUCGUUUAACCUGAGCAAUGCUUUGUAUUUUUGAAAAACUGGGAAAUUUUGUUUAACCUGAGCAAUGCUUUGUAUUUUUUGAAAAAUUGGGAAAUUUAGUUUAAUCUGAGCAAUGCUUUGUAUUCUAUGAAAAAUUGGGAAAUUUUGUUUAACCUGAGCAAUGCUCAAAAAAAAGUGUUUUUUUCCAGAGACAUAAUUCUCAACAUUCUCUAUGCAGUCGGCUAUCGUCUCUACUAUCUCAUGACAUUUCUCCCGAUUUAUUAUGCAUGCCAAGAAUUCCUCUAUCCCUUCAAAACUGACGCAAUCACGGAAAAUUCGGAGCGAAAUCAAUUACUCGAACUAUUCUAUGGUGGAUUGCCCAUUAUUACUGGUGUUGAUGCGCGAAAUUAUCUAGCAUGUCUCUCAUUAUUUUUUGCCACUAUCAAUUUGGCAAUGCUCGCUGAAUGUAUUGUUACAUUUGAAGUUUUCAAGUCCUGUAUCUAUAUUUGGUUUCCCAGGAUUUUGUACUUGAAUAGCACGAUUGUUCGAGCAAUUAUCAUUGUAUUUUUUAUAUCGUUGUCAAUGCUUCAUGAAUGGUUCACAGUUGCGCUAUCUCGCGGCAAUAAUGCAUCACUCAAUAAUCAUUUUCAAUUUGGAUUGAUAUCAAGUACAUUUGUCUCGACGAUUUUUAUGCUUUUGGGUGUACGGUUUUUGUAUGGGGAUAGUCGAUUGUAUGUGAAUUGCUUGGUAAGUUUUUUGAUAUGUGUGUGGGCCGAAAAUAGCAAAUAUGCUCUAUCGAACACCUUCUAUGUCAAGCAGCCGCGCUUAGAGAUCUACUAUGGACAGGAGUGAGGCCUUGAAAGCAUCAAUGUCAAGCAGCUGCUCCUAGAGAUCAACACUGAAAAGGAGUGACGCCUUGGAAGCCUCUAUGUCAAACAGCCACGCCCAGAGAUCUACUUUGGGAAGGAGUCACGCCUUGAGAGCUUUUAUGAGAAGCAGCGACGCCUAGAGAUCUACUCUAUAAAGGAGUCACGCCUUGAAAGCUUCUACGAGAAGCAGCUGCGCCUAGAAAUCUACUGUGGAAAGGAGUCACGCCUUGAAAGCUACUACGAGAAGCAACCAUGCCUAGAUUUCUACUCUCGAAAGGAGUCACGCCUAGAGAUCUACCCUGGAAAGGAGUGACGCCUUGGAAGCUUCUGUGAGAAGCAGCCGCGCCUAGAGAUCUGAGAGUCUGUUCGGUAGAGCAUGUUUGCAUUUUCUAGCCCCUGGGGCAUUUAAAACCCCAGAUUCAAACUCAAAAUUCUUCCAGACAAUGUUAAAGAAAAACGAGCGAAGCUAUAAAAUGUUCCUCUACUUCAAGAAAUAUUUCCUGGCCACCUGGACUCUAACAUCCUACUUCCUAUUCAUCCCAUUCAUCUAUUGCACAAUUCAAAUUCUAUCAACCUACAAACUCUACACAUUUCAAUACACAUUUAUUAUCGGAUUUCCGAUUCUCUACAUGUUAUGGUGUCUUGUUCGAGGAUAUUUGACGAAUAAUAAUAUUUCCGUAUUAACAAGUUGUCAUAAAUGGAAACCGGUGCAUUUUAGAAACGAAAGAGAAGCGAUUGCUCAUGAGAAAAUGUUUGGAAUUGGAGAUUGA